UUCCCCAAUUGGGGGAACAAUUACAGCCACCAGAAUCACCUCUGAGCAGAGACACAGGAUGAGUGAGCAGGAGGUCACUUAUGCAACUGUGAGAUUUCAUAAGUCUUCAGGGUUGCAGAACCAAGUGAGGCCAGAUGAGACUCAAGAACCCAGAGAAGCUAGCCACAGAGAGUUUUCAGUCUCCUGGCACCUUAUUGUGAUACCUCUUGGAAUCCUCUGUUCCAUUCUGCUGGUAACUGUGGCAGUGUUAGCUACACACAUUUUUCAGUAUAGUCAAGAAAAACAUAAACUGAAGAAAACUCUAAACAGCCUCUACCAUAACUACAGCACCAUGAAAAAUGAAAGCUUUUUAAAGGAGGAAAUGCUGAGAAAUAAGUCUAUAGAAUGUGAUUCCUACAAUAAUUCCUACAAUGAUCUUCUAGACACCCUCAACAAACAACAGAACAGAUGCCACAGGCAAACCAAGAUUGAUUUAAAUUGCUUACAGCACAGAGGCAAAGGUGUAGAAGGACACUUAUUCUGCUGUGGCGUAAAAUGUUAUUAUUUCAUCAUGGACAAUAAAAAGUGGAGUGAAUGUAAACAGAUCUGCCAGGGUUGUAACUGUUCUCUUCUGAAGAUAGAUGAUAAAGAUGAACUGAAUUUCCUUCGGCUCCAUAUUACUGAAGUCAAUUACUGGAUUGGGUUGUCAUAUGAUAAAGGAAAAGUGGAACGGGCAUGGAUUGACAGUGGCCCAUCUAAACUUGCCUUGAACAUAACGAAAGACAAUGUAAAGCGUGAAAGAUGUAUGUUCUUAUCUAAAACAAGAUUAGAAAAUAAUAAGUGUGAAGAUUCCUACCACUGUAUUUGUGAAAAGAGAAUGGAUAAGUUCCCUAAUUGACUCUCCAACAAGAUUUAAAGGACAUAGUCCACUGUGUAAUCAGAGAGAUGAGCUGGAAGAGGUUGGAAAUAUUCUCUGGAAUAUGAUGUGACAGAGCAGAGGCUUCUUCCUUUUUGACAGAGACCGGACACAUCUCUGUUACAUGGACGCACUUUGCCCAAAAGCCUCCAGGACUAGCUCUUUUUGCUUUCUUGAACUCUUAUGAA